GAAGCAGUGACAACAAAUGAAGCGUGUCUCCUCUGACAAUAAAGAGCUUGUAUUUUUAUCCACACGUGGAGAAAGAUCAAAGUUAAACCGCUACAGUUGUUGGUAUAAAUAAUUCAGUCGGCUUGGGUCACGUGUCCGUCACGUGUCUCAGCUGUCGGGGCCCUGCCAGUGUACAGUAGCUCUGAGGCUGCAGGCGGAGGAAUCGGCAGCAGCGGCAGCAACAGCAACACAUCGAGCCAAGCAGCCCUCUCUAGAGUCCCCGAGGCAGCUUGAAGAAGCAGACAGGCUGACAUGAUGAGGUUCCCAGGAGAAGCUGCUCCCCUGUGGGCUGACAGCUGAUAGAGAGGAGUCCCUUCUCCUCUCACACGCGCAGUCAGGAACAAACGAGGAGGACCAUGAACGUCGAAACCAGACCCAUUUGAAGAAAAACGUCACUCGGACCAACUGGAAGCACUGCCUGGUUGAACAUGCUUGUUUUUGGGCGUAGAAGAUGCAGCUUGUUUUUGAUGUCUCUUUUUGCUCUGCUGCUGACAUGAGUGGCGUGGUUUUUGCUACAUUAAAUGUCUGAGUAUUUCUUUUUUCACAUUGCUGGCUUUUGUUGCCUUGUCCACGAAACUGCAUCAGCCACGCUGUUCAAAAACAUCACAAUGACUUGAGUGCCUUUUUAUUUUAAAUUUUUUUUUUGCAACCCAGUUGGCUAAAUGACAUAAUUAAUUCAGCAAUUCUGACGUCCACAGUUUUCUGAUCCUAUUUCUUUAUUUUGGGGAAGUUUUGAUUGAUCACUUUUACUCACUGUUGCAGAUAGCCAAAGGAAAGCAUAAGUACUAUGCACCGUUGUUGCUCACACAGAUCCUAUACAAAACCAUUGACCUCACAGGAAGAGAGGGAGUCAUAACAGCACCCAAACCCGGACGAAGAACCUCUCCCAUCUCUCUGUGUAGUCGUUUUUUAUUGAGGGGGUUCUGAGAGCUGCAGGGAUGUUUGCUUCCGUGGAGCAUGGCCCGGUGCUCUGUAGCGACUCCAACAUCCUGUGUCUGUCCUGGAAGGGCAGAGUGCCCAAGAGUGAGAAGGAGAAGCCGGUGUGCAGGAAGCGGUACUACGAGGAGGGCUGGCUCGCUACCGGGAACAGCCGGGGGGUCGUCGGGGUCACGUUCACGUCCAGCCACUGUAGACGGGACCGGGCCACGCCGCAGAGAGUGAACUUCAACCUCAGAGGACACAACAGUGAGGUGGUAUUGGUGCGGUGGAAUGAGCCUUUCCAGAAACUGGCCACAUGUGACACAGACGGAGGAAUUUUUGUAUGGAUUCAGUACGAGGGUCGCUGGUCUGUGGAGCUCGUCAACGACCGUGGAGCUCAGGUGAGUGACUUCACCUGGUCGCAUGACGGAACGCAGGCUCUCAUCUCAUACCGUGACGGCUUUGUCCUGGUGGGCUCUGUCAGCGGACAGAGACACUGGUCUUCUGAGAUAAACUUGGAAAGUCAGAUUACCUGUGGAAUCUGGACUCCUGAUGACCAGCAGGUUUUGUUCGGCACAGCAGAUGGACAGGUCAUAGUCAUGGACUGCCACGGGCGUAUGUUGGCCCAUAUUCUGCUCCAUGAGUCUGAUGGCAUUGUUAGCAUGUCAUGGAACUACCCCAGCUUCCUGGUGGAGGACAGUAGUGAGAGUGACACAGACUCUGAUGAUUACACUCCACCCAAAGUGCACAGCCAGAAACCACUGCUGACAGUCAGCUUCACCUCUGGAGACAUCAGCCUGAUGAAUAGUUAUGAUGACCUCUCACCCACACUGAUCCGAACCGGUUUGAAAGAUGUUGUAGUCCAGUGGUGCUCUCAGGGCGACCUUUUGGCAGUGGCAGGGAUGGAGAGAACAGUCCUCCUCUCCCCCGACGCUCCAUGUUCUCCACCCAUCAAGAACGCCAUUGUCAAGUUCUACAAUGUUAGAGGAGAUCACAUCUACACACUAGACACACCAGCACAGCGCCCCAUCACUACGCUUUGCUGGGGUCACAGAGACUCGCGUCUGUUCUUGGCGUCAGGCCCGGCGCUCUACGCAGUUCGAGUGGAUCACCGGGUUGCGGCGCUACAGCUUCUCUGCCAGCAGGCCAUCGCCACAUCCGUAAAGGAGGAGAAAGAUGUCGCCAAACUCACCAUGCCUUCCCGGCUCUGUACCUACGUCACUGCUGCUUUCGCCCCUACCAUCAAGCCACCCAUCCCAGAUCCCAACAACAUGCGGGAUUUUGUGAGCUACCCGACAUCCGGGAACGAGCGACUGCACUGCACCAUGAAGCGCACAGAGGAUAACCCGGAGGUGGGAGGGCCAUGCUACACUCUGUACCUGGAGUACUUGGGUGGUCUGGUGCCCAUCCUGAAGGGUCGACGGAUAAGUAAGCUGCGCCCUGAGUUUGUCAUUAUGGACCCCAAAACAGAUGGUAAAACAGAUGAGAUAUACAGCAACAGUCUGAUAUCAGCCAUGAUAGACAGCUGUAACUGCUCAGACUCCAGUGACAUUGAGCUCAAUGAUGACUGGGUUGGCAAGAAAUCUCCAAAGAUAUCAAGAGGAAGCAAAUCUCCUAAACUUCCCAGAGACUUAGUUUGUCCCUUUACCAACAGGAUAAAUAUUGACCCUAGAAAAUCACCCAAGCUGUCCCGAGCAACGCAAGAAAUCUCUAGGUCGCCGCGUUUACCCAUAAGAAAACCCUCGAUUGGUUCACCGAGUCUCUCACGGAGAGAAUUCCCUCUGGAUGACAUCAAUCAGCAAAAUUACCUCGCUCAGGUCACAUCCAAUAUUUGGGGAACAAAGUUUAAGAUAGUGGGACUGGCUGCAUUUUUACCUACCAAUCUCGGUGCAGUCAUCUAUAAGACCAGCCUCCAUCUGCAGCCCAGACAAAUGACCAUCUAUCUGCCUGAGGUGCGCAAAAUCUCCAUGGAAUACAUCAACCUGCCUGUUUUCAGCCCCAAUGUCUUCAGUGAGGACGAGGACGACCUUCCUGUCUCGGGCCCUGCUGGAAGCACUGACGACAACCCCCCAUGUACUGUAAACAUCCCCAUCGCCCCCAUCCACAGCCCUGCCCAGGCCAUGUCCCCCGCCCAAAGCAUUGGCCUGGUCCAGUCUCUGCUAGCCAAUCAGAACGUUCAGCUUGAUGUCCUCAGUAAUACGACAGCAGCUCCUACUGGAGCAUCGGCCAGCGGUUCGGACCAAAGCCAGGAUGCCAUCUUGACGACCCAGUACACCGUGCCCACCAGGUAUUCCAAUCCCGGUCAGGUCAUUUUUGGGGGGCUGGAUGUGGGUCGGCUAAUGGUUGGACCACCGCCGUCCCAUCAUCCAUCACAACAACAACAACAACAACAGAGUCAGCAGCAGCAGCUUCUACAACAUCAACAAAUUCAGCACCACCAACAGCAGCAGCAGCAACAACAAAUACUUCAGCAGCAUCACCUACAGCAGCAGCAGCAGCAGCACAUUCAACAGCAGCUGCAGCAGCAGCUUCAGCAACACAUACAGAUGCAGCAGCAUCAACAAAUGCAGUUGCAGCAACAGCAGCAGAUGCAUCACCAGCUGCAGUCUCAACAGCACCAUCUUCAGCAGCAGCUUCAGAUCCAGAUCCCUGCUCCAUCCCUGUCACCGGGGCAACCUUCGGGAACGGCCCUUCACCAGCUGCAGCCGGGGGCCCUACAGAUACAAAUCCCCCACCAGCCAGCAGAAUUAGUUGUUGACAGAUCGGCGGGCGGGGAGCACGAACACCUGCUGAAGAUCAAAACCACUCGGUCAACGCCACAGCUAGCUGACGCUGAUACAGUUGUGUUCAGCGCUCCUUUGGAGCUCAGCAAAAUGAAUCCGCCGCCUCCUUACCCCGGGACCGUGGCCGUGGCAGUUGCUGCCGCUGCUGCAGCUGCUGCAGCUGCUGCUUCACCAUCACCUUCCAACGCAGCUUCCAACUCCUCGUCUGGAACUGAAGGAGGCGCUAGUGGAACUCCUCCCCCUAGCGAGCUCUGCAUGAAAAAGAGUGACUUCAAACUUUAUGCGCCAGGUCAGCAGCAGCUACAAUACCCCACACCUCUAGGCUACGAGAGGAUAACGACGUUUGACAGCAGCGGGAAUGUGGAAGAGGUGUGUCGCCCUCGAACACGCGUUGUCUGCAACCAGAAUGUCUACACACUCCAGGGACCUGGCAACUCUGCCACGCUCAGGGUCACUUCCUCUUCAUCCUCGUCUGCAGCUGACAAGAAAAUCCAGCUGCCCUACACCUCUGCUACGCUUAACAGACUCACCGCACCCCGCUAUUCCAUACCAAGCGGAGACCCACCACCGUACCCCGAUUCGGCCAAUCAGAGCGGAGCUGCUGGGAGGAAUCCGAACCAGCGACUCGACAGCAGCUUGAUCCACGCCACCCUCAGGAGGAAUAGCCGAGAGGCCGCUCUUAAAGUCUCCCAGAUGCUAGAACUGCCAAGGCCGCUUCCUCCUAAAGCUAAAAACAGUCCACUAGCAACCUCCUUCCAGCAGAGGGUGCCAACAGCCUUAUACACAUGCAGCCAGUGCAGCAGUGGAUCAAGUGUUGGCGGUAGUGCUCCAGGGAGCGCUAAUGGGAUAGCAGGGGGAACGAUUAUCAGGCAAGAUUUCCCUCCAGGGAAUGGCGCUCCACACAGCACAGUGAUAGUUCACUCCAGUAGCACUGCCGCUCUGGCCUCCCAGUCCUCAUACAGCCUGAUGAGUUCACUGGAGGGGUCUGGGAGUGCAGCGGGAGGGAACAGAGACCGGGCUGAGUAUGUUAACUCAGCGUUUACUGAGGAUGAAACACUCAACCAGUCGCUGAGGCAUUUGGUAAUUGGAGCAAAUGAUGCAUCAGGGCUUGUCAUCAAACGCCCACCUCCCUACCAGUGGGACCCGACUGGCACAGAGGAGGUGUGGAUACCUCAAGAGAGGACACCAAAUGCCCCCCCUGGAGCGCACAAACCUCCACCCCUCAUUCUCAGCCCGACUCAGCACUUGGAUGUUACCAGACUGCCUUUUGUUCUUUCUCCAAAGUCUCCCACCAGCCCUGGUGCUGCAUCAUUCCAGGCUGCAGCAGCAGCAGCUUCAGCUACAGGCUACCAAAUCUCUCUGCAGUACCCCCCAACAGCAGCCUAUGCCGGAGCUCAGCUCCAACCCAUCCCAGUGUCGCCGCGCCCCUGCGCAUCCCCUAAGGAAGUUGUGGCACCUGUGGCCCUCUCACAGCAGGACACGACCCUCGUCUUGUCGCCGGGUUACUCUCCAAACAUAGCGAACCUCGCCUGCUGUCCGCUUCCUCCCUUAUAUCCCGGAGGAAGUUCCUGUGCUGGAAUCCCCAUCCCUCCCAUUGCCCUUCACACACCGUGGGGAACAUACAACCCUUGUCCGCCUAUGCCCAGUCCUGCAGUGCCACUUCCACCCAAAGCCUCCCACGUAUCAGCAGACAAAAAUGUUCUCUCACCUCCUCCUCCACCUCCUCCUCCACCUCCUCCACAGCCUCCAACACCACUAGCAGACCCACAGAGCCACGGGGCGUUACAGGAGACAAUGGCAGAGCCAGGGGAUGCUUACCAGGAGGUGUUGUCUUUGACUGAGAGCCCCGUACCACAGCGGUCCGAGAAGUUCAGCAAGAAGAACCGCAAGCGGAUGGACGGCCGGGCCGAAGAGGCUAACGUGUCUCAGUUAGCCGAAGGCAGCAAGUCAAAGAAAGAGGGCAGGGCUCUGGGGGAUUUCAACUCACUGAUCUCCAGCCCCCGACUGGGAGGAAGAGACAAGAAGAAGCCGAAGGGGCAGAAAGAGCAGCAAAUGAAGGCGAAGAAGCUGAGUAAGGCCACAGCCAACAGUGAGUUCCAGGACAGUUCAGAAAGCGAGCCGGAGCUUUUCAUCAGCGGUGACGAGCUCCUCAAUCAGUGCCAGAGUGGGAAAAAGGGCUGGAAGAGUAAAAGGAACCUGAGGGCUGCUAACGAGCUCGAUGAAAUAAAGUGCCGGAAAGCCAAUGAGAAGGAAGACAGAGGACUGGGCAGCCAAGGGUUUGUGUAUGUGAUGGCCAACAAGCAGCCUCUGUGGAAUGAAGCCACACAGGUCUACCAGCUGGACUUUGGAGGCCGAGUCACGCAAGAGUCGGCCAAGAACUUUCAAAUCGAACUGGAGGGCCGGCAGGUGAUGCAGUUUGGUAGGAUCGAUGGUAAUGCCUACAUCCUGGACUUCCAGUACCCCUUCUCUGCAGUCCAGGCUUUCGCAGUGGCUUUGGCCAACGUCACCCAACGCCUCAAAUGAGACGUCCCCUCCCAACACACCCCAAAUCAUCCCAUGAUUUUAAAUGCAGCCUGCUGAAGGAGCACAGUUGUUUGCUUUGGAGAUUCAUACACUCUAAUAAACUCAGCGGAUUUUGGAGAAAAAGACUGAAAUUGACUGUGGUCAAUGGGUGGAAACGCAAUCACACUGCACUACGCAAUGCUGCCACUAGACAUGGUGCAAUAAGCAUUGACUGCGUUUUUUUUUUUUAAUGCCAUUAGAUCUGCUCCGUUCUGAAUUCGGUGGCACCCUCCAAGCACGUAGGGCCAAAGAGCUGAGCUUGGGUUAUCAUCAUGCAAAUAAAUGCUGCUUUGGGUAGAAGAGGUUUUCUUAGAGAGACAGAUUGUCAAGGUGCAGUUAAAAAAAAAAAAAAAAAAAAAGCAGCAGUCAUACUUGAAAACCACACUCUGGAGGUUAAAUUACUUUUUCCAGAGCACACAGGUACUACUGGGCACUGAAAUCCAUUGCUGUACAAAACUUUAGUAAAACAGUUACAACUUUAUUAAACUGCUUUUGCUUAUAGUUUAUUAAAUGAGGUUACUUAGUGGAGGUUUUUGUUCUAUACCAUUCCUGUUGUUUCUAUCUCAGUCAGUUUCAGCUGGAUUUAAGGCUGAUAUAUGCAUCAUUUAGGAGCACUACUAAAAGUUACGACUUUUCACUGUUUCUGGAAGGAAAUAUCGGUCUUUAUCAAAUCUGUUUGAAGGAUGAAACCUGUCACCCUGCUACACUUAAUUUAUAUGUACAUGUUGUUUAUCUUUCCAAACAUGGAUUUUUUAAGAAAAUAUUGUUAUUGUUGAAGAUGUACAACCCUCAUACUUUUUCAUCCCAGUUUUUCUUACCGACUUUAUUUGGGGAGGCUGAAUUUAAAUAUUGCUGUACACUCGGAGUAUUCAGGUGGGAGCGGUUUACAGAAUAGCUUUGGCUGACAUAUCCUGUAAUUGGAUAUCUACAUAUGGUGACAGUGGCGCAAAAGACGUCGCCAUGGCCUCAAUUGAACAACUUAACCUCUGGCAUGAAGUGAUAAUGUCACCUGCUGUCACUUCUGUGAAGUGAGUACGUAUUUGGGGGCAGUCCUUGCUCUUUAGGACCACACUAAAACAUGUUAGCAUGGUACAGGAAAUAUUUUUGUAUAUUUCACCUAUGCCAUUUCAUAUUCUUCUCAGAAGGCAUGUAAAUAAAUUGGAGGUGUCAAUGUGAUAAAGAGACUUCGGCGACUCUUGACAAGUUUACACCUCGGCUUCACUGUGUUUAAUUUCAGGUGUGGAGGGAAGCUGUAACACCGUAAAAUUACUGUUAAGCUAAAUCAUCGUCGUCACUCGGUUUAAUAAGACUACAUUGAAGAUUGAAGCUCCACUUCAUAAGCUGACUGUGCAAACUGAGAGACGGGUAAAGCUGUUUAAGUGUUAGCAAGGAUCAUGGAUGGAGAUAAAGUGCAAAGGACAUAUAUGCAUUAAUUUCUGUUUAAGUACAAUAUCAGCUAAAGUCACCAGAAGCGUUUAGGUCUAAUAAAACAGUGAAGGUGCUGUAGGACUAAACUCUAAUUUGUGCCAAAAUAUCUACUCACAAUUUUACAACAGAUGCAGUCCAAAGGGGGAGAACCUAUUCUAUUUUGACCAUUGAAUUGAUAAUUUUAUUACUUUUAAUAAGUGUGAUCUUUCCUGAACUCAAAGAUGCAUGUUGGUCAUCGGGUGUAGAAAAAUGGACUGAAUGAAGAUAUUUUAAACCCUAUUAUAAAGGAAAAAAACAAGCAUGUCAUGACAAAACCCUUUUUGUGUUAGCUGUGCAAUAUUUUGUAGGAGAAAAUUGUGUUUUUUUUUUUUUUGUUGCUUUCAUCCAUGUUUUGAUACCAUUCUUUUAGUUCAAUAUCUGAGAUUGCUGGUUUGUGCAUUUUUUUAUUUAUGAGAUUAUUUCCUGAAAGGAGGAAAAUAUCCAUACAUACUGUAUAUUGUGGAGUUUUCCCAAACUUUUUUUGUGUUAAGUCUGUAAUGACUGUAGCCCAGGUUGUGGGGUUGGUGAUGAGAACAGGCAUCCUAAUUUGAAGUUUGCUUUGGAUGAAAAGAUAAAAAAUAAAGAUGUGAAUGAGUAAGUGCCCAGUUUAAUGUAGUUGGUAGACUAGUGUAAGUGUUAAGUCGAGGUGUGUUUGUAUUCAGCUGUGCAGUCUACCAAUCCCAUCAGUGUUAAAUCUAUUAUAUUUAAAUGUGUUCAUGGCUUCUACACAUUCAAACACAUUCUUCACUGAGUUGAUGUUCAGCAUUACUUAUGGACUCGGUUAGGGAUUCACUUUAAACUGAUGACGAGCUGUUGUAGAUAUUGUAGGAUUUGACUUUUCUUUAGAAAAGAUCUGUGCUUUGUAUUUGCAGGUGUAGACUUAACUGACAAAAACACUUGGGAAAAAAAUGAGACUGAGUAUGGUGACUGAACGUUCAUAGUGGAUGGAUAGUAAGGCAUGCCAUGUAAAUUAUUUUAGAACUGUAUAUGUCACUCAUCUUUUUAAUAAAAUCUGUCAUUGUUUGAGAAAAUA